CGGCCUUUAGUUGCUUGUUUGUAUUCUGUCCACUUCAGUUGUCUCAGGAAUGUCCGCUGCGUACCCAAGGUCAGAGGCUGAGAGUCCUGCGGCAAAAGACGUAGAAAAAACCCUACAGAAGGCUGAAGCUGACAUCGGGAUCGGAAACCACGUAAAUGGGUUUUGGUUAGCACAAGAAGCUAUAGCACUUGCUGAAGGCUGCAUUGAGUGGGAUAUUGGCGAUGUUGUUUCAACACAGCAGUUGGUCGUCGCAAUGCUAAGAAGGUACAACCUGUUCAAGGAGGCUGAACAGAUAGAGGCAGAAAUGGAGUUGACUCUCGAAGAACUUAGCGAUGAAGAGACGAGAAAAAUGAUACAAGACGAAAUGAACGUACACAAGAGGCAAACACCAAACGGCCUGGAGGCGCUUGAUCAACCGAUUCGUUCAGGUCACUCGCAACGACACUCACCCCCACAACCAUCGUCAAAUACUGAAAACCCUAGCCAUACGUCAAGUACAAAGAAAGUUAUUACUGGCGUCGAGUAUGGCUUGGUGUCACGGACGUGCCCUGAUCAGCCGGUUCGAAGCAUGGAUGAUGCGGAAGAAUCUAGCCUGGGAGAUCAUUCGAUCAAAAAACCUCAUGCGCCGACCCCAAACGAUCAAUCUGGCACUCGUUAAUGGACUUCGAGUGUCCAAUCCCUUUCGGUCCUGGACUCAUCGUUAACGGACUGCUCAGAAAAUUUGCGACAGAGGACACUAUUGGGGGCUAUAUUCUACUCAAUAGCACAGCUCGUAGCGAUGAGCAAGCAUCAUUAUUGGCUACAACGUCAAUCUGCGGCAACAGGAGCAGUAAUGAAGGGUAUCACAUGUCAUUUGCAAUCUAACAUCCUCA